CUUGUGAUAACAACACAGCACCCAAUCAUCACCCAGCUGUGACUGAAGAGGACUUCUGUAAUCCCAGACUAGAAGUGUAGCCUUGUCUUGAUGUCCAACCAUGAGAAAAUGUCCACAGCAGAUUUGAUGGAGAACCUCAGGGAAGAGCUGACCUGUUUCAUCUGCUUGGAUUAUUUCAGCAGUCCAGUGACCACCGAGUGUGGGCACAGCUUUUGUCUGAUGUGCCUCCUCAAGAGCUGGGAGGAGCACAACACACCUUUAUCUUGUCCCGAGUGCUGGAGGACUUUGGGAGCCCCUCAUUUCCAAGCCAACGAGCGACUGGGGAGACUGGCUAAUAUUGGCAGACAGCUGAGAUCCCAGGGGCUGCAGAACGAGGAGGACGAGCAGGGCGUCUGUGGGAGAACACCAGGGCCCGGUAGGGUGUUCUCUGACGAUGAGCAGAGUGUCACUAAUCUCUCACCGCCGAGUCAUGGGACGAACAAGGCAUAUUUCACAAGUGAGACUGAGGAGAAACACAAAGAAAAGCUCCAGGAUAUCAUAAAUAUUUUACGGAAGAAGAAGAAGGAAGCUCAGGCCAUCCUGAACCACGAGAAGGAGCGAGUGAUGCUGUAUAAGGAGGAGACAAAGACUUGUAAGCAAGUUGUUGUGUCUGAAUAUAUGAAGAUGCAUCAGUUCCUGAAGGAAGAGGAGCAGCUCCAGCUCCAGCUCCUGGAGAAGGAGGAAAAGCAGAACCUGAAGAAGCUGAGGGAAAAUGAGAUCCAUCUGACCCAGCAAAUCCGCCGCCUCAACAAAAUGAUUGGGCGGCUCGAGUCCACCUGUCAAAACUUGACAUUAGAGUCUUUUGAGGAAGUCAAAGGAGCCAUGGAUCGGUAUGAGUCCCUGUUGUUUCAGUGUCCAGAGACCACCAUCACAGAAUUGAGCCUGUGUCGCAUCACCGGGAUGAGAGAGAUGCUGAAAAAAUUCAGUACAGAUAUAACUCUAGAUCCAGCCACGGCCAAUGCUUACCUGCUUUUGUCCGAUGAUCUGAAGAGUGUGCGAUACGGAGGGACUAGACAGCAAUUACCUGACAACCCAGAGAGAUUUGAUCAGUCUGCAACUGUGUUGGGAUCCCAGAUCUUCACAUGUGGGAGACACUACUGGGAGGUGGAAGUGGGAAAGAAGACGGAGUGGGAAGUGGGUAUCUGUAAGGACUCUGUGAACAGAAAAGGGAAUCUCCCCAAGCCUCCUGGCGACCUCUUCUCACUCAUAGGCUUAAAAAUUGGCGACGACUACAGUCUCUGGGUUUCAUCGCCCCUGAAGGGUCAACAUGUCCGAGAGCCUGUGCAUAAAGUUGGUGUGUUCUUGGACUAUGACUCUGGACACAUAGCCUUCUACAAUGCGACAGAUGAGUCCCUGAUCUACAGCUUCCCUCCAACCUCUUUCCACGAAGCGCUCAGACCUAUCUUUUCCCCUUGUCUUCCAAAUGAGGGGACAAAUACAGACCCUCUGAUCAUCUGCCACGUCUGAGGGAUGUGCCCUGAUCCUUCAUCAAAGACAAGGUCAAGGAGGAGCCUAGACACUAAGAUGUUUACUGCAUUUAAAGACAUCACGCAUCAGAUUACCUGGAAAAAAAAAUCCUCCCUCCCCAAAGACUUUUUACAAACCCAGUUUUGCAAUGAAGAGCCAAUUAAAUAUCUAUUCAACACCAAGAAUAGAAACAUGAUACCCUGCCUUUAACCCAGUUGGUUAUCUGAGCUACACUGUGUGUGCUGGCCACUCAACAUAUAGCACUGUCACUAUCUGUUUUUACCUGUCAAUAUGUCAUAGGCCAGUUUUAUAAAUAUAUGGCAUUUUUUUUC